AUGUUUUUUCUUAUCCUCGGCGCCGUGCUUGCCGCCGUCCUGUUGUACCUCUACCGCGCCGAGUCGCGGCUCUUGAUUCCAUGGGUUCCCGACACCUCGGCCCGCCUAUUUGCCCAGCGCCCGCUCCCGCCACCACUCGACGACAUCUUUCUCAGCUCGUCCGAAUACACCCUUCCGCUGCGCACUCGGGGCCGUGAUGUCGUCGACGCACGCGGCCGCCGCUUCAAGCUGGCGAGCGUGAACUGGUACGGGGCGUCCGACGAGCUAUUCAUACCCGGUGGCCUGGACAUCAAACACCGCGACGAGAUUGCACGAAUUAUCCGCCGCAUGGGGUUCAACUCGGUCCGCCUGCCGUACUCGGACGAGAUGGUCGUGGCGAAUCCCGUCGUCUUGCCUCACCUACUGAGCGCCAACCCGGAUUUGGUCGGCCGCCGCGCGUUGGACAUUCUGGAGGCCGUGGUGGAAUCUUUGACGCGGGAAGGGAUUGCGGUUAUCGUGAAUAACCACAUCACCAGCGCGACGUGGUGCUGCGGUGCCGACCCGUGUGACGCUGGGUGGGCCAACGACCAUCUGCCCGCCAUGAUGUGCAGGGUGAGGCAGACCGAGGAGGAGUGGAUCCAGCACUGGGAGGAAGUGAUGAGGAAGUUUGUACGGAACCCGCUGGUGAUUGGGGCGGACUUGCGGAACGAGGUGCGCGGAAUGUGGGGGACUAUGCCCUGGGAUCGAUGGGCGACUGCAGCCGAAAAAGCGGGAAACAGGCUGCUCAAAAUCAACCCGGACUGGCUGAUCAUUGUGGGCGGUACCGAGUCGCAGAAUGAUCUCACGGGGGUUGCGGCGCGGCCUGUGGUGCUGGAUGUCCCCAACCGCGUGGUCUAUUCGGCGCAUGUCUACUCAUGGAGUGGCUGGGGCAGUGUGGGCGGCAGGUAUGCGAAGCGCACGUACCCGAGCUUUGUCCAGUCGAUGCGCAAGAAUUGGGCGUACCUGGUUGAAGGGGACAUUGCGCCUGUGUGGGUUGGCGAGUUUGGAGCUCCGGCCAUGCCCGGUGAGGGUGAUGCCAACUAUUGGAAGAACCUGUUGCGUUACCUCAAGGCAAUCGAUGCCGAUUUUGGGUACUGGGCUAUCAACCCCCGCAAGCCCAAGGAUGACGAGAAGGAAUCAUAUUCACUGGUGGAGGAUGAUUGGGAAACUCUGGUCUUGGACUAUAGGAUGAAAGACAUGACCGAGCUGAUACGGACUGGCAGAUAG